ACCCUCCAGGACGUGGCUUUCGGGGGACGGGGUGCUGCCAGGAAUGCCGUCCUGGUGACCCCUUGCCUUUCAGGCAGCGACCUGCAGAGCUCGCACUGCACGCUGGACGAGGCCUUUGAGGACCUGGACUGGGAAACGGAAAAGAGUCUGGAGGCCGUGGCCUGCAGCACUGAGGGCUUCCUGCCACCCAAGGUCAUGCUUAUCUCCUCGAAGGUGCCCAAGGCCGAGUACAUCCCCACCAUCAUCCGCCGGGAUGACCCCUCCAUCAUCCCCAUCCUCUACGACCAUGAGCACGCGACAUUCGAGGACAUCCUGGAGGAGAUUGAGAAGAAGCUGAGCAUCUACCACAAGGGUGCCAAGAUCUGGAAGAUGCUGAUUUUCUGCCAGGGAGGCCCGGGGCACCUCUAUCUGCUCAAGAACAAGGUGGCCACCUUUGCCAAAGUGGAGAAGGAGGAAGACAUGAUCCACUUCUGGAAGCGGCUGAGCCGCUUGAUGAGCAAAGUGAACCCGGAGCCCAACGUCGUCCACAUCAUGGGCUGCUACAUUCUGGGGAACCCCAACGGGGAGAAGCUGUUCCAGAACCUCAGGACCCUCAUGACUCCGUACAGGGUCACCUUCGAGUCCCCCCUGGAGCUGUCGGCCCAAGGGAAGCAGAUGAUCGAGACCUACUUUGACUUCCGGCUGUACCGUCUGUGGAAGAGCCGCCAGCACUCGAAGCUGCUGGACUUGGACGACGUCCUGUGAGCGGCACGGGCCGCCGUCUGCCACCACGGACCGGGGGACUCGGGGCUGGGCUGCCUCGUGCCACUCAGGGCUGCGCGGCCCUGGUCCCGCCCAGACCCGCUUCAGGGCACCCUCGGACGUUGCUCAGGUCUCCCGUGGGGUCUGGUCCUUGCUGCACCCACGGGCCGCAGGCUGCCCCCGGCCCGGCGCUGCCCUGCUCAAGCCCGCCCAGAGGCUGCAGCGCUGGGAAUCCCUCCCCGGGGUCCAUGGAAAUAAGUGCAAUUUUCUACACCCCCGAGACAAUUCAAAGGGAAGCAGCAUUCCUAGUUCCUAGCUAGGCCUGUGCUGUUAGUUGUGGCACAGGCAGCCGGCCCAGCGUCCAGUGUGUGUCCGGGCCCCCUGCACCCCGCUCGUCCCUGCCGUAUUAUCACCAGCACCGGGGCGGCCCGUCUGUGUGGGCUGGCGUCGCCGGGCGGCCCGGCUGGCUCUGCCUCCACGGGCUGAGUCUCUGCUAGUCUGUGCUUUCACUUCUCUCCUCUUGCCGCGCCCCACCCCCGCUUACCCUGGGACAGGGCUGGGCCGCAGGAGGGAAGGGCAAAGCCUCCCAUCCUGGCGGAGGCCGCCCCAGCAGAGCCCACCCCAGCCCCUCAUGCCCACCCGCUCCUGUCGCUGCCGCCAAGUCGGCUCUCACUGGCUGCCGUGGUCUGGAGCCCUGUCCCCCGCCGGGGCCUGAGGCUUGGCGGGGGCUGCUGGGGCUGGGGCUGGGCCCCGGAUGG